CAUCCUUUUCUUCACACUAAUUUCCAAAGUUCACUCAAAACCAACUUUUUUGUUAAAACAUUUGAUUGUCAGAAUUCAUGGCUUCAAUGAUGGGGACUCCUGCAACAACGAGAUCGUUACAUGGCCGUUUGAAGCAUUCGAUCAACCAAACCGCACUUAGAUCGUAUCUCGCAGAAUUCAUUUCAACUUUUCUGUUUGUAUUUGUUGUCAUUGGUUCAAUAAUGGCAUCCCGCGAGUUACUGCCGGAUGGAACAAACACAUCUGACCCAUCGUGUCUGGUGGCUGUGGCAUUUGCAAAUGCAUUUGCAUUAUCAACCGCAGUUUACAUAUUUGGCGCAUCAUCAUCGUCAGAUACUACAUCCGCAUCAUCAUCAGGGGCACAUGUGAAUCCUGCUGUCACUUUUGGAUUGGCAGUGGGCGGUCAUAUCAGCAUUCCAACUGCAUUAUUUUACUGGAUCAUGCAGUUGCUUGCUUCAUCAAUGGCUUGCCUUCUCUUACGAGUGGCAACAGCCGAUCAUGUUGUCCCAACCCAUGCCAUUGCCGUUGAAAUGACCGGAUUCGGAGCAUCCAUCAUUGAAGGUGUCACAACAUUUACACUAGUCUACACAAUUUACGCUGCAAGGGAUGCACGAAAAGGCCCUCUCAGUGCGAUAGGACCUAUAGCAAUUGGAUUUGUUGCCGGUGGAAAUGUUUUAGCAACGGGACCUUUUUCCGGCGGUUCGAUGAAUCCGGCAUGCUCAUUUGGUUCUGCCCUGGUAAAUGGUAGUUUUAAGAAUCAAGCGGUUUAUUGGGUCGGACCUUUGAUUGGUGGUGCUAUGGCCGGACUUUUUUAUGACAAUGUCCUGUUUCCGGUUACUUCCGUUCAGCAUUCAGAUUCCGGCAUCAAUGAUGGACAUGGAACUAGUAGUAAUUCUGGGUUCUAAGAUUAAAAACUUGGGUCUUUGUCUGUAAUUCUAGUCAACUCUCUAGUAUUACAUAAACAACUAAUCAAACUGACUUAUCUAUCCUUAAGUGAUGUUAUAAGAAUUGUUGUUUUGAAAUUAUGAACUUUUGCCAUAUCAAUAUCAACAUCAACCACAGUUCAAUGUAUUA